AUGGUCAGGUGCUUCUCCACCAUUCGAUUCGUCGUCGCCUGCCUGGCUGACUACCGCCACGGCGCACCAGUGGCGCUCAAGUACGUGAAGCGCGGCUACCACGUGCUGUGCAGCCAUGGCCUCACGCUGGCGCUCAUGCCGCUGGCCGCCACGGGCGUGGUCACGUUUGUGCUGAGCUGCCUGCUGCUGGUGUUUGUGGCCGCCACCUACGUCUUCACCCGCUCGCGCCCUGUAUACCUCCUCAACUUCUACUGCUUGAAGCCCCCCGCGAACCUCAAAAUAAACAACGAGUUCUUCAUGCAGCACUCCCGCAACAGCAAGGCCUUCACCCAGGACAGUUUGGACUUCCAGGAGAAGGUGCUAUCACGGUCGGGGCUGGGAGAAGAGACCUACCUGCCGGGAGGCAUAAUGUCGCAGCCGCCACGCAUUAACAUGCAGGCAGCGCGGGAGGAGGCCCAGCUGGUGCUGUUCAACACCGUGGCAGAGGUGCUCAAGGCCACGGGCACUAAGCCGCAGGCAGUCGACAUCCUUGUUGUCAACUGCUCCCUCUUCAACCCCACUCCCUCGCUCUCAGCCAUGAUUGUCAACCACUUCAAGAUGCGCUCCAAUGUGAUGACCUACAACCUGUCGGGCAUGGGGUGCUCCGCGGGCGUCAUCUCCAUCGGCCUUGCCCAGCAGCUGCUCCAGGUGUUCCCCAACUCCACCGCCCUGGUGGUGUCCACUGAGAACCUGACCAAGAAUUGGUACUUUGGCAACGACAAGUCCAUGCUCGUGCCCAACUGCCUCUUCCGCCUUGGCGGCGCCGCCAUGGUGCUGUCCAACAAGCGCACCGACCGCUGGCGGGCCAAGUACGAGCUGCUGCACGUGGUGCGCACCCACAUGGGGCAGGACGAUGCGCACUAUGGGUGCGUGUACCAGAAGGAGGACAGUGACGGCAAGGAGGGCGUGUUUCUGUCCAAGGAGCUGAUGCGGAUUGCGGGCCACGCGCUCAAGGCCAACAUCACCACGCUGGGCCCCCUGGUGCUGCCCAUCAGCGAGCAGCUGCUCUUCUUCGGCAACCUGGUGGCGCGCAAGAUGCUGCGCCUCAAGGUGCGCUCCUACAUCCCCGACUUUAAACUCGCCUUUGAGCACUUCUGCAUCCACACGGGCGGCCGUGGCGUGAUUGAUGCCAUUGAGAAGCAGCUGGAGCUGCUGCCUGAGAAUGUGGCGCCCUCGCGUGAGACGCUCUUCCGCUAUGGAAACGUCUCCUCCUCGUCGAUCUGGUACGUGCUAUCCAACAUCGAGACCAAGCGGGGGGUGAAGCGCGGCGAGCGGGUGUGGCAGAUUGCCUUCGGCAGCGGCUUCAAGUGCAACAGCGCAGUGUGGCGUGCGCUGCGCCCCGUCAAUGACCGGCAUGAGGCGUGGCUGGAAGAUGGAGGGGCCAGCCCCAGCGCCUCAGGCAGCCCCAAGGUGUAG